GAGUGUAGUCGUCGUAGUUGAUUAAGAAAUGCGUAUCGGUGUAAAAAUAGGGUGUAAUUGGAUUAAGGGAUUGACCUUAGUCAAAAAACUUAGAGAUUAAACCCUAUAUAUAAUAUUGAUCACGACCGCGUAAAUCAUCUUCUUCCGCGGGUCUCCAAACGAACAAAUAAAUUCCUCUGGAAACCCACUGUGUAAAUAUCACAUCGCACCGCCAGAUCUCACUCUCGAUUUCGAUUUCGAUUCCGAUUCGAUGGCUUCUCCACCGACACUUCCGAUUUCCUCCGCCGGAGCUCCUUCGCAGCCACCUAUCGCCACCCCUGCCUUCCGCGCUUUUCUCUCUCGUUUAACCUCCUCCGUUCGCCAAGGCUUUUCCCACCGUCGCCCAUGGUCGGAGCUUGUCGAUCGGAGUUCAAUGGCUCGUCCCGAUAACCUUACCGAAGCCUAUUCCCGGAUCCGCAAGAACUUCUCAUACUUCCGUGUCAAUUACAUUACCCUCUUUGCCUUGGUUCUAGCCUUUUCUCUCCUUUCCCACCCGUUUUCUCUCUUGACUCUUCUUUCACUCCUCGCGGCUUGGAGCUUUCUCUACAUUUUCCGUCCUUCCGACCAGCCGUUGGUUAUUCGCGGCCGUACUUUCUCCGAUUUCGAAACGUUGGUCGGGUUGGGGGUUCUGACUGUGAUUGUGGUUUUCCUCACUAGUGUUGGAUCGCUCCUGAUAUCGGCGUCGUUGAUUGGAUUUGCAAUUGUCUGCAUUCACGGUGCGUUUAGGGUUCCAGAGGAUCUCUUCCUUGACGACCAAGAACCUGUUAAUGGAGGAUUCCUGUCAUUUCUUGGUAACGCCGCCUCCGCUGCUUCGGCCGCAGGUCCUGCAAUUGCAGGGCGUGUAUAGCCAGAUCCGGCGCUGCCUGAUGAAGGAACUGACGGCAAUUUGAUUAUGGGUUAGGCUUACCUGUUGUAUUCUCUUCAGUUUGAAUUCUUGUGAUCUGUAAUAACUUGAUUAGGGUUUGGUCUCUCAUAAUGUAGAUUGUAUCUGAAGAUGUUGCAAAUUUAUGGAUCAAAUUUUGUUUAGUUUUCACUAUAUACAAUAUCAUGAAUUCGAGUCUGUAUUACUUGGGGCGAUUAUUACGCAAUUCUUUUACUUUAGUCUCUCAUAUUAGCCAAUGUUUGAACCCCUUUAUCAUGUACGUUGCUAUCAUGGUCAUGUUUAAUGUCAGAUCUUGUUUUCUUCUAA